AUGGCUUCAAUUUCUCUUCCCCCGCAGCACCGGUCGGGGUUUUCACAGCAUUUUGCCUCGCCUCCCUCCCCGAGUCCUGAUCAUAGCCGUCGCCUGACAAUGCCGGGUCCGCUGCCAAAUCCGCCGUUCGUGUUUCCUGCUCGCGAUACAGAGGCCCCCGAGCCGCAGCCCGAUACAACCCAACGUCGAACGCCGCCCGCUCUUCCGGCAUUCUCGUUCAAUCCCGGUGCAGGUACAUCUUUGCAACCUCCGACAGCCCCCAUUCCUCGACCGGGUGGACACAGACGUCGGCCCAGUGAGUUCGUUGGGGGCGAUCAACUAAUAACUCCAGGGGCCGGGGAACUCGCAGAUAAACGGGAGGAACCAACAACGCCGACACAGCCCAUUGCUCCCUCUGGGCCACCACCGGGGAGAGGACCAGGACGACGACAUCAUGCUCAUCGCCGCUCUGCCGCAAUCUCCGGUGUCGACCUGAAUGCGAUCAACAAGGCCCUCACCAAUCCCAAUCCGGCUGCGAGUGCUCCUACUACCCCUGGAGACCGGACGUUCGACGACGAAACUUCUCGGCCACUUUCCUAUUCAGCGACGAGUCUCGGUCGUCCUACACCACCGGCAUCGCCUCGGUUCCCCCCUGUGCCUCCGAUCCCGCCAAUGCCGACUGCGAUUCACAUCGAGCCUGCCCCCAGCAGUGACAAUGGCGAUAUCGGACGCCCCACCUCAGCAGUGUCGUAUGAGUCUUCGCAGAAUACCCACUUAGUGAAGUUUGAACAGAUUGAACAACCCGAGCUUCCUGUCCCUGUCGCGCGGACGCCGCCGCCUAACCGGAGGUCAAAGCCGCGGCCGAAAACUGCCGAUGCGUCUUUGGCCUUUGACCUAUUCCAGAGCAAGGAUGUUCCCCAAGUGCCGAGCGUUAAGCGCUCAAAGUCAACGGGUCACUCCCGUUCGAAGAAGAGCAGGUCAACGGGGAAUCUUGAUGCCACCCUUGCCAUUCACGGUAGCGACGAUGCCCAUUCGACGGAUACGUCUCGCCCUUCAUACUCGGAUGAUGGCUCUGAAAUGAGUGAUACCGAUAACGAGGCCGAUGCUUGUCCUUCCAAAAAGUCAAGGUCGAAGCAUAAGAAGAAGCAGAAGCGUAUCCGGUCGUGGGCUGGUGGUAUUCUGACCCGCGGCAAGGGUAAGCGCCAUGGCAAAGGGGACACCGAAGAGAAACAUGAGAAGCAUGAAAAACACGAAAAGAAGGCAAAGCCAGCCGCAUUGACCCCGCCUACUCUCACGAGAACCAAUUCGGAGGUUGGAUCGGUACUGGAGGUUGACUUUGAUAAUGAUGGCGUCGUUGUUCUUCGCACGCCCACCAAUACUGAUGCACCGGUUUCCGCUGCGGAACGUGCUCAAGACGAAAUACCUAUGCCCGCGCCUUCUCUCGAGACUUCCUGGAAACCACGAAGCUUCUAUGAGCAGAAUAUCCAAGGACAAGACGAAGUUUUGAGCAGCCCAAUUAUCGACCUGGAUGCUGCCCUUGGCCCGUUCAACACCCCUGGUGACAGCCGACAGUCUCGAAACACUCCAAGCAAGUUUCACCUGGUCACUCAGCGCAUGUAUAGUGGUGGACGGCGGGGUGAAUUCGUUGGCCCGGAGAUGCGGUACCAUCGCCGUACAGAGAGUGCUCCGGUCAUGCCACCCUUUGACCGGAGUGCCCUCGGUGCCAUUCGUUUAACCGGCACCUCGGCCAUAGAGACCCCUGAUGUGUUUUAUGAAGAGGAUGAAGAUGCAUUUCUAGCUGCAAAUCAGUCUCCCAGGAACGAACUUGCUUCAUCAGCCCCUGCGGAGAGUGCCAUUGCUAUCCAGUCGUCGUCUUCAGACGAGGACAAGACGUCAGUCAAGAGUGAAGACACUACGGAUACAUUGACGAAGGCACCGGUGUCUAGCUCUGCCAAGCCUACAGGUCUUGGAAUUCGGGCACACGAGGAACCUACCGUCCAGAAAGAGGUAACCGCCAUGUAUGACCAGCAUGCGGCCAUCGACGCCAUGCAAAGCACGCGGAAUCCGUUUGCAGGCCAGCCUCGAAGCCCCGUGGCAAUCGUUAAGGCGGAAGAGAACGUGUCUAAAGUCCUGGGCCCACCUAGUCCUGAUAUCUCCCCACGCUUCCUAGCUAUUGACAAGCGACCGGCUACAUCGCCUCAAGAGCUGAUGCCUGGAAUUCCUCCAUUUUCGCUAUCUGCAGGUGUCUCGCCCUCAGAUUCAUCUUUCCCGUCGCCCGAUGCUCCACGGUUCAAUGACCGCAACUUCUCGUCCCACUCCUACCAGCAUCUUCCCUCGGAAUAUCCUUACGCCUCGGUUGAAGAUGUCCCGUCCCUUACGAGCAGCGCAUCAACCAUCACUGGUACUAUGCAUCGCUUUUCCGCCACAUUCCUCCCCCGUGCCCGUCUGUCCACUGAUCGAGCUGCAUCGUUUUCAGCAGCCGUCAACCGCCGGAGCAGCCAAGCUCAUGCAUCCAAGCGCUCUAGCCUGGCUAGCUUGUCCAAACUGGUCGGUGGGCCUCAUUCUGAACGCAGCAAACUUUAUCAAGAGCAGAAACCUCCUGGAGACGCACCGGAAAAGUCCAAGAAGAAGCGUCAUCUCAGUCGCUUGAUGCAUUUCUGGAAGGUGAAGGACAAGGAGAAGCAUACAGAGCCGACAGCGUCAUCCAACACGUCAAUACAAGAGUAG